AUGGAAUCAAGAACUCUAAAAGACAUCCUUGACGGUGACAACGAUGUGGAAAUCGAAGACUCUGAGAACAAAGAAUUGGCUGAUUUGAACCAUAUGGAUAAAGCUCAAGAUGAUGAUAAAAUAGAUCCAGAACUUUGUAAUGAGUGUCAAGAUAUGAGAAUCGAAGUUGAAUGUAAAGAUUGUGAGGAAAACUACUGUGGUGGGUGUUAUGAAUUAGUGCAUAGUGGUGGUAAGAGGAAAACUCAUGAUUCAAAAAAAUUGUAUAAUGAUGAGGCAAAUACUGCUAAAACUACUGAACCUCAACAAGAUGAUGAUGAAGAUAUUGAUGCUGAUGUUGAUGAUGAACAAACUACACCUAUCCCAACUGAUAACUCAGUGAAUAGAAAACUAGUUGAAAGUAUCAAAAAACAAGUGAAAUAUAUCCCAUUAAGAUUAACACCUGAAGAACGUCAUCUUUUACACCUUUUAGAAGCUGCAUUAAGUGUUUCUCAAUACACUGAUAAAGUUGAUAUCAUUUCUCAUAGUUCCAAAUCCAAGAGAAUCGUAUCACAAUUGAAAGAAAUGUGUUCAGUUCUUGCGGGUUUAGUUGUUGCAUCAAAUUUGAAAACUGGUCAACAAUUGAUUGAAAAUAAAAAUUUUGAAGAUAAUGCUGAAUGGUAUAAAUCAAUUUUUGAAAUUGGUAGACGUUAUAAAAUCAUGAAUCCUGAAAGAAUGAGAGAAAAUUUUGGGAAAUUGUGUUAUAUGGUUAUGGAUUCAAGAUUACCUGAAAUUGAAGGUCAUAUGGAGUUUAAUCUUUAUAAACCAAUCAAGACUGUUCAUAGUUAUCUAUCAUCAAGACCAGAUGAUGAAGGUAAAGCUCUAGGUUUAUUUGAUGAUGAACUAAUCAUUUAUGCUACAGCUGAAAUUUCACCUGUUGGUAAAUCAAGAUAUCAAAUUCAAAGAGAUAUUAAAUUAAAAGAAAGUUCCAUUGAAAAAUUAUCAUCUAAAUAUUCUUCACAUAAAGGUUUCACCAAAGAGGAGAUCCGUCAAGUUUUAUAUUCAAUUGGUGAUUAUAAUGCUUAUACUCAUAUGAAUAGGAAACCAAUUCUUAGAUUCUUGCAAAGAUUGGAACAAUUCCAAGACCCUGAAAUCAAACAUAAGUUCUCAAUAGGUAUUCAAUAUGGUAGAUCAGGUUCAAGAUUAACACAUGAUCAUGAUAGACAAUUACAAUAUGUUCAACAAUCCUUAACCUUAUGGUCAAUUAUCCAAAGAGAAAUGAUUCAUUUAUGGUCUAUUGCAGAUGACGAUUUAUUCAAUGGGACCUCAUAUAAAUUAUCAUUUACAGGUCAAGGUCUUCAUAGAGUUAAGGCUUGUCCUUCUUUAUACAAAGAGAUGUACAAAGUCCUUGGUGAAUGUAAGGCAAAAUGUUCAAGUUGGAUCGGUUCAAGUGUUGUUCAUCUUGGUGAUGAUGCAGUUCCUAAUGCCUUAUUCUUUUUAGAUAAGUAUAUCCAAGUGCCGAACAUUUUAAUUCCAAUUGAUCAAUGUUUAUUGAAAAUUGAUGAUUUGAAUAAAGAUCCUUUCACAAAAAGAUAUAUUGAAGACCAAUUCGGAGAUUCUGAGAAAUUGAAAUUGACCAUUUUACAAGAUGCUUAUGCUCAUAUGUUUGAUGGUAGUGGUGCUGAUAAUUUCUACAUGUCUGGUUCAUGUAUUGACGGUCGUUUGACUAGUGCUUGGAACCAUACAAAUCAAAUCUCAAAGAAGCCUUACUACAAGAUUUUCCUGUUGACUGGAUUCAUCGGGUUCAAUGGUUCUGAUGGAUUUUAA